UUUCCAUUUCGCCCGCCAUGGAUUCUCAGCCUACAACUACAAGAGUCUGAGAGGCUUCGAUCUCGGUGGGGUUUCAAGGACGAGGGCACGGCGUCGUGAGGAGCGGAUCCGAGGCUCCAUUCAUGUGCUCCAAGAUGCAGCUCUCCAUCUCUUGGACAUCUCCUCGGCCACUCACCGGUGUCUCGCCGGCGUCCUUGCGACGCCACCAACGGAAGUCUGCUUUCUUUCCAUAUUGGAUGUGCCCUUCAGUAAUAACAGCUCAUUCUUUAUGGAGGUAUGAUAAAGGUAUGCAUAGGCUAUUUAACUGUCCAAAGGGAUUGUGCAGAUAUUUAAUCACCUAGAAUGUCUGAAGUGGUGCUUUGGUUACAUGUUUUCUGCUUUCAAAGCCUCUCUGUUUACACCUGGUAUGCGGUUUUCCUGGUAUAAUUACAGUCUGCAAUGAUCCAUAUGUAAACUUGGUCAUAUCUUCUUUUUUAGUUCGUCCGUUUGAAGAUGCUAAUAGUUAAUUUUCAGAAAGUAUGCUGAAAACCAAUGGGGCUUAGUGCACGGGCAUGAAUGAGCUACCCACAUGAAGCAAUUCCCCAACUUCAUCACUCAUCCUGUUAGUGAUCCUUGUGUGCCAUCUGGAUUGUAUGUAGGCUAUGUUGUGACAUGGUCAAGAUACUGAGUAUGCAUUCAAAUGAGUAAAACUACAAUUUUGCUUAUUUGCAAUUUAGAUAACUACCAAGGUUUUAGUGCAUAUUUUGAUUAAUGACUUAAUGCUUAAUACAUGUCAAUUAUUUAUUGAUUAACAUGUUUUCUUUUUUGUCUUAGGAUAGGAAAAUGUUCUUUUCUUGGAGGAAAUCAUCAUUGUGCUUAUGAACAUAUAAAUAAAAUUGGUAUUAGUCAAUGAAUGAACUACUAGUGUUCAGCUGUUUUCUCUUCACAUUUCUUUUUUCUUUUUCUUUUUUCCUGAUUGAUUAGAUAAAUCUAUGAUAUUUAUGUUUUUAACAUCAAGCUCGGGAAAUGACUAAGUGUUAAAAAAAAAACCUCAAACAUGAAUUUUCCAUUCUCUUAGCAAUUUGUCUCUCAAUCUCUUCAAAAAUACCUCAUGUGUUGUGACUUAUGUACAUGCAAAAUCUGGUUGUUUUAGAAUUGAAAUUGAAGUGCUAAGACCUUACUGUAUCUAGUAAAAGAAAGAUAUCCCACUGUUCACUAUUAUAGUUCCAUCUGAAAUGAUGUGAAAAAGCAGUAUUUCACUCUUUAUAUAAUCUUUGUGUUCAAUUUAAGUAGUUUUUCAUUGAUUGUAAUUUUUUUUAUUGCCAAUAGCUCCUACUACUUGAUAUAAUGUUGCUCUAUGCUCUGUGGUCAAUGUAAUAAAUUGUGCAUAAGUUUCACUUCAUUGUUAUUUUUGCUGUCCUUUUAAUUUGUUGGCUACACAGAAUACACUGCAUUUUUAACUACCAUUUUUUACUUGCAUUCAAAUAUUACUCGUCCAGACAAAUGGAAGGCUGGUUCUAUAUGGAGGCUAGAGAGCAUCUGUUCAACCACCUCUAAUUUCUUGCGUGUUUGGUUACCUGAGUGUGAUUUGACAUGUAUUCCUAUAGAGGGUGAAAUUUAUAAUGAAGUUAACACAAGAUGGAAAAGUUACAUAGUGCAAUUGGUUUUUUUGAUGUCCCGACAGGUUUCUCAUUGCACUACUCGCUACAUGCUUUUCGUUUGUGAUAGUUGGAGGUUUCUUAUUUUACAAGUUCAGGAAUAAACAGCAAUCUCUUGAGGACUGCUUUUGGGAAGCUUGGGCAUGCCUUUGUUCAUCAUCUACUCAUCUAAGACAAAAAACUCGGGUGGAACGAAUUCUUGGCCUUGUUCUUGCUAUUUGGGGUAUAUUGUUCUACUCCCGUUUGUUAAGCACAAUGACUGAACAAUUUAGAAACAACAUGCGAAAGCUCAGAGAAGGAGCACAAUUGCAAGCAAUGGAGUCUGAUCAUAUAAUUAUCUGUGGAGUUAACAGCCAUUUAACAUUUAUAUUGAAGCAACUGGACAAGUUUCAUGAGUCUGCCAUCCGUCUAGGUACUGCUACAUCUAGGAAGCAAAGGAUUCUUCUACUAUCUGACCUUCCAAGGAAGCAAAUGGAGAAGAUUGGGGAUAACAUCACCAAAGAUUUAGAUCAUGUUGAUGUCCUUACCAAAAGUUGCAGCCUUAGCUUGACAAAGUCUUUUGAAAGGGCGGCAGCAAAUAAGGCGCGCUCUAUUAUUAUUUUACCAACAAAGAGCGACAGGUAUGAAGUUGAUACAGAUGCUUUUCUCUCACUGUUAGCUCUACAGCCUAUCCCUAAAAUGGCUUCUGUCCCAACUGUCGUUGAGGCCUCAAACUCUAGCACUUGUGAGCUUCUAAAAUCAAUCUCGGGUUUGAAUGUACAACCUGUUGAAAUGGCUGCAUCUAAAUUGUUUGUCCAGUGCACAAGGCAGAAAGGGCUCUUAAAGAUCUACAGGCACUUGCUUAACUAUAGAAAAAAUGUAUUCAAUCUUUGUAAUUUUCCAAAUCUGACUGGAAUGAAGUACAGGGAUGUGAGGCAAGGAAUUCAGGAGGCAGUGGUCUGUGGUCUCUAUAGAUCUGGAAAAAUAAACUUCCAUCCAAAUGAUGAUGAUGAGAUCAAACCAAUCGACAAAGUUUUGUUUAUAGCACCAGUGUAUGGUAAACGGAAAGUGCAAAUUAUGCUCCCUUCUGUGUCAAGUGAUCAUCUAUCCACAAGUCAGAAUAGUACAGAAAACAAAUUAUCUGCAAAUAUAGUUCAAGUAAAGAAAGCACGGCUAGAGAGUAUUGUUAAACGACCUCCAAGAUCAAGUUCAAAGACAUCAGACUCCACUCUAGGACCAAGAGAAUGCAUACUUCUGGUAGGAUGGCAGUCAAGUGUUAGUGACAUGAUUCGGGAAUAUGAUAACUACCUUGGACCUGGUAGUCUGGUGGAAAUUCUUUCAGAAGUUUCCGUUAGUGAAAGAAAUAGUACAGUCAAUCCUGUGGUUCCAAAUCAGUUGAAGCAUAUUAAAGUUUCUCACAAGGUAGGGAAUCCUAUGAAUUACGAAACACUAAAGGAAACAAUACUUAACAUCAGGAAUUCUGUUAAGGGUGCAAAAGAUCUUCCCUUAUCAAUCGUUGUUAUAUCUGAUAAGGAAUGGAUGGCUGGAGAUCCAUCUAGGGCAGAUAAGCAUUCAGCAUAUUCCCUUCUGCUUGCCGAAAGUAUUUGCAGCAAACAUGGAAUCAAGGUUGAAAACUUUGUUGCUGAGAUUGUUGACUCAAAAUUGGGUAAACAGAUAUCAAGUAUAAGGCCAACCCUUUCAUUUAUUGGUGCAGAAGAGGUUAUGAGCCUUGUAACAGCUCAAGUGGCUGAGAGUCGUGAAUUAAACGAAGUAUGGAAGGACAUUCUUAAUGCUGAGGGCGAUGAAAUAUAUGUAAAGGAUAUCGGCUUGUACAUGAAGCGCGGUGAAAAUCCUUCAUUUGCAGAGCUCACAGAAAGGGCUCUUUUGCGCCGUGAAGUUGCUAUUGGCUAUGUGAAAGAUAACAAGAAGGUCAUAAAUCCUAUCAACAAGACACAACCGCUUCAAUUUGAAAUGACGGAUUCAUUGAUAGUUAUAUCGGAGCUUGAAGGUGAAUAAUACUCUGAUCAAGUGAAUUAAAUGAACUGUUCUCUGUUGGAUUAAACCAAGUGAUAAGAAGAGACAAUUCAUCAUCGGUUGGGAAACGGAAUAGCGGCUUCUGUCAAAAUGCUGAUGAACUAUGCCGAAGAGGAAAAAAAAAAUAACCAUGAUGAGCAGAGCAAGAAUUUUGAUUUAUUGUUAGGCUGGAAAGUUAAAUGAACAUGUAGUCUAGCAUCUUGCUCUGUGAUACAGUCAUUGGCUUUUUUGAAUUUUUUAUUCUUCUACUGGGAAAUCUACAACAAUAGUUUCCUCUAUAUAUAUAUAUAUAUAUAUGUGUGCCAAUAGAUCAUGUGCGGACGUCCCUAGAACAUCCGCAUAUGUAUAUAUAUAUAUGGCAAUAGAUCAUUUGCAGAUGCCCUUAGAACGUCCACAGAUAAAAAGUACAGUGUCCAAAUAAGGGUGAAUGGAUAUGAUUUAUUAUAUUA